GCUUUUGGAUCUCAUAUGGAUAACUCACUAUUGACAGCGCUGCCCUCGUACGGGAGCUGCAGUUACAUUUUACACCUCUCUCUGUCUAGAUACAUAUCAAUCCCCACAUAUUACAUGCAGCCGCUUUCAACUUUACCCAGCUGAAUUUGAAGAUCUCUGUUCCAAGCGGAGAAACAGGGGGGGGGGGGGGACAAAAAAGCCAACAUGUUAAUUUCUCAGUGAAUGCGAUUCUUGUAUAAGUGCAGAAUCAACUCUGCUCCGUUCAGAGAGAGAGAAGCAGAUCCAUUGACUUGUCCGGGAUCUGUUUUGCUCAGCCGAUAGGCAGCGAAAGACGGGAAAAGGUUUGCACUGAAAGUGAUACGCCACACACACACACACAGCCUUGCAGAAUUAACUAUUGUGUUUCUCUUUGGAAACGCACAAGACAGCAAACACAGAGAGAGAGACAGACAGACAAGACAAACAGAAGGCUGCUUUGAUGUUCGCCAUCCAGGACACCAUACCAAGAGGGGGUCUAGCCAUGAAGGAAGAACCUUUGAUUACUGGGAUGAAUCCUGUUAGGACCUGGAUACAUUCCGGCGGGAUACUGGAUGCGAACACCGCGGCUCAGAGUGGAGUCGGUUUGGCCCGGUCACAUUUCGAGAAACAGCCGCCUUCGAACCUGCGUAAAUCCAAUUUCUUCCACUUCGUCUUGGCUCUGUACGACCGCCAAGGCCAGCCGGUGGAGAUUGAGAGGACAGCGUUUGUUGACUUCGUAGAGAAAGAUAAAGAACAGAACGGGGAAAAAACAAACAACGGUGUUCACUAUAAAUUACAGCUCCUGUACAGCAACGGAAUCCGAACAGAGCAGGAUUUAUUUGUACGGCUCAUCGACUCAAUGACCAAACAGGCAAUCAUAUAUGAAGGGCAGGAUAAGAACCCAGAGAUGUGUCGGGUACUCCUCACUCAUGAAAUCAUGUGCAGCCGAUGUUGUGACAAGAAAAGCUGUGGAAACCGGAAUGAAACACCCUCGGAUCCAGUGAUCAUCGACAGAUUCUUCUUAAAAUUCUUCCUCAAGUGCAAUCAAAACUGUUUGAAAAAUGCUGGGAAUCCACGAGACAUGCGACGGUUUCAGGUAGAAGUUGAUUGUUAA